AUGACUGCACCCGUCCCAGACGCCUUUUCCGCAAUGAACCACGACGCGCCCGUCCGGCGCUCCUCCCGCUCCUCCUCGCGCUCCCUCACCCGCUCUCCCUCCCCUAAAAUAUCCUUCGCGACCCCGGCCCACGUCCACCCAGUCCCCACACGGCCCACGAUCCGUCAGCGCAAGUCCAAAACGACUUCGGUCCCAGAGCCGACGGUCGCCGAGGUCUCGGACGAGGCCGACGAGCCGCUGGGCAACGGUCACGUCGCAGCUGUUGUUGCUGAGAAGGCGGAGGCGAAACCGAUUGACUGGGAGAUCCCGAGGAAGAUCUUGCACUCUUCCAUCGGCUUCUUCACGCUGUAUCUCUAUGCUACGAAUGGAUCUCCACAACACGUUGUCUACGCCCUGGCCGGCGCACUCUGCGUCAUCGUCCCUGCAGACAUCCUCCGCCUCAACUUCCCCGCAUUCGAGCGCCUAUAUGAGGCCUUUCUAGGCUUCCUCAUGCGCGAUAGUGAAAAGACCAGGUCCAACGGUGUGAUCUGGUACAUGAUUGGCGUCAUAUGGGUACUCUCCCUCUACCCGCUCGAUAUAGCCACUGUGUCUAUUCUCCUCCUUUCGUGGGCAGACACAGCAGCGUCCACCUUCGGACGUCUCUGGGGCCGCUACACGCCUCCACUCCCGCGUAGCCUCCUCGGCCUGCCUCUAGCGCCGCGCAAAUCGCUCGCUGGCUUCGCGGCUGCAGCCAUCACUGGCGCAGCCAUCACGGCCGGCUUCUGGGCCGUGCUCGCUCCGAUGUACGAUUCUAUCGCCGCGUGCUGGUCGCUCGAGGAGGGUGUCCGCGCAUUCGGUGUCGACCACAGCGCUGUCGCCGAUGCUUCUCGCGCGUACCUUCGCGAGCAGGGUGUACCGAGUUUGCACUCCGGUGGCUGGGUCGGUCUGGCGAUCAUCUCUGUCAUCGCCGGGCUUUGCACGGCUGUGGCUGAGGCGCUCGAUCUCGGCUCGCUCGAUGACAACCUCACCCUGCCCAUCAUCUCGGGUGCAUGCAUCUGGGGCACCAUGAAGCUCAUCUCAUGGUUCAGCUUGUAG